AGAGAGAAAAGUAUGCUAAGGAUGAAACAUAUAAAGCAAAGAAACGGUCUUAUUCAAGUAAGAAAUAUUCUGAAAAUCCUGAAAUACAGACAAAGAAAAGACAAAAGCUCACAACCAGAUACAGGGAAAGCUCAGACUUCAGACUGAAGCGAAAAGAAUAUAUCACCAAAAAAUACAAAGAAAAUGUUGAAUUUAAAGGCACACAAAAAGAAUAUAUCAGAAAGAAAUACAGUGAAAAUGUGGAAUUUAAAGCCAGACAAAAACAAUAUAUCACCAAAAAAUACAGUGAAAAUGUUGAUUUUAAAGCCAGACAAAAACAAUAUAUCACCAAAAAAUACAGUGAAAAUGUUGAUUUUAAAGCCAGACAAAAACAAUAUAUCACCAAAAAAUACAGUGAAAAUGUGGAAUUUAAAGCCAGACAAAAACAAUAUAUCACCAAAAAAUACAGUGAAAAUGUUGAUUUUAAAGCCAGACAAAAACAAUAUAUCACCAAAAAAUACAGUGAAAAUGUUGAUUUUAAAGCCAGACAAAAACAAUAUAUCACCAAAAAAUACAGUGAAAAUGUGGAAUUUAAAGCCAGACAAAAACAAUACAUUACAAGGAGAUACUCAAAGGAC